CGAGCCCGCGCACCCCCGCGGCCGGGGCGGGCGAAGCCGCCGCCGCGCCAUGGUGAGGAGCAGGGCGCUGUGGAGCUGCUGCCUGGGGCUGCCCGCGCUGCCCUCCGCGGCUUGCUGGUCAGGUGGGAAGCAGCCGCCGCCGCCGCCGUUCAACAGCCGCUGCGGGAGAGCGGCGGAGCCGCCGCGGCGGGGGCGGGGCGGCACCAUGGAGGAGGACGAGACGCCGCAGCGGCAGCAGCCCGGAAGUUCUUCUGAAAAAGAUAUGGAUAAGAAAACAGAUGAAGAGCAGCCUUUGCCCGCGUGCAACCAGUACCCCAAAGAAGUGGUGAGGAAACGUCAGAACUCGGGCCGAGGUUCCAGGAGCAGUGAUUCUUCCAGGACCUCCAGGAAGAGCUUCAGGCUGGACUACAGAUUAGAAGAAGAUGUAACUAAAUCAAAGAGAGGGAAAGAUGGGAAGUUUGUCAACCCGUGGCCAACAUGGAAAUCGCCAAGCUUGCCAAAUGUUUUGAAGUGGUCUCUCAUGGAAAAAAAUAACAGCAAUGUGCCAGGCUCAAAACAGGAACUCGAUAAAGAGCUUCCAGUGUUAAAACCUUACUUUGUUCAAAACCCGGAACUUGCUGGAAAGACUGGAACUGGUAUGCGAGUCACGUGGUUGGGACAUGCCUCAGUUAUGGUGGAAAUGGAUGAACUUGUAUUUCUUACUGACCCAAUCUUCAGCCAGCGGGCUUCCCCUACGCAGCUGAUGGGUCCCAAGCGCUUCCGGGGACCCCCGUGCACAGUAGACCAGCUCCCCAAAAUAGAUGCAGUCGUGAUCAGCCACACGCAUUAUGAUCAUUUGGACUACAACACUGUAAUGAGUUUAAACGAGCGCUUUGGCAGUGAGCUGCGCUGGUUUGUGCCUCUAGGGCUCUUAGACUGGAUGCAGAGAUGCGGUUGUGAGAAUGUGAUUGAACUGGACUGGUGGGAAGAGAACUGCGUCCCUGGUCGUGAUGCGGUAACUUUUGUCUUCACCCCUUCUCAACAUUGGUGCAAAAGGACUGCAACAGACGACAACAAGGUUCUUUGGGGCAGCUGGUCUGUCUUGGGACCUUGGAAUAGGUUUUUCUUUUCAGGAGAUACUGGAUACUGUGUUGCUUUUGAACAGAUAGGUAAAAGGUUUGGACCUUUUGAUCUUGCAGCCAUCCCCAUUGGAGCUUAUGAGCCAAGGUGGUUUAUGAAAUAUCAACAUGUGGAUCCUGAAGAAGCAGUAAGAAUCCAUAUUGAUGUUCAAGCAAAGAAGUCUGUAGCAAUUCACUGGGGAACCUUUGCUUUAGCAAAUGAGUAUUACUUGGAUCCUCCAGUUAAACUGAAUGAAGCUCUUGAAAGAUACGGCUUGAAAAAAGAAGAUUUCUUUGUCUUAAACCAUGGAGAAUCACGAGACUUGAGUACAAAUGAUGAUGGGUUUGAAUAAUGAAACGCUAGCAAUUCCUUAUAAGCCUUGUUGGAUUUGAACUAGGAACUGAUUAUUACAAAUGUUAAUUUAAUGUACUUGCAAAGUAGAUUUUUGAGUGGAUUGGAUUUUUAGAUUCUAGGUUUGUUGGUUUCAUAACUAAAACUUGCAUACAGAUUUCAUGAUAAAUUUUCCUACUUAAAUUGUUUAUAAAUUAUGAGGUGAUCUAAACACUGGUUAAUAUAUAAGGUAUUGUUUAGGAAUAACUUGCCGUCUCAACUCUUAUCUACAUCACUGAUAAAUACUGUUCUUUUUUAACACUUUUAUUUUCAGCUUAUCUGUAACAGCAAUAAUAACCUCAGAACAGGACAUAUUCUUAGAAGUAAUGGCUGACUUGGAUUCAUCAUCUUUAGAAUGUCAUCUCCGACUUGUUGGUCAUUAAUCAAGUUAUGCCCUGUACCUUGAUAGCUUCAGUGUAUGUUUUGUGGGGAGCAGUCUUCCAAUAAAGCACAAGUACAGUAAAAUAAUUAUUUUACUGCGUGCUUCUACAUUUUCAUUUAUUGAGGAACCACAAAAGCUGAAUUUUAAAAUGAGUGCUUCUACAUUUUCAUUUAUUGAGGAACCACAAAAGCUGAAUUUUAAAAUGAUCUAAAGAAAUGUGCCUUUUAAAGAGAGAGAUUACUUCAUAUUGCAUCAUUAAUGCAUAAAACUUACUGCUGGCCAGAAUAUCUGCACACUUUUGCUAUUUCGUCAGUAUUUUUAAGUUAGGCCUGAAUUUGUCUAAAAUAAUUUUCUUGUCAAAUGCAGUACAUGGAAAUGGAAAAAUCCCUUAAUGGCGCUUGUCUCUGUGUUGACUUAGCCUAUUAUUAAGUACUUUUUUUUUUUUUAAGUGAAAAGUCUUAAGCCAAGGGCUGUGGUAAUUUUUUUAUAGCUUCCCUGUGAUUUUACAAAGUUGAAUGAGAGAUUAAAAAAUUGUUCAGUAUUGUAAGACUUGGCUAAAUGUAUCUGUAUCAAAUUGCCAUACUAAUUACAAAAUUAAAGCCUGUUGCUGCCAAAAAAGGGUUCUUAUUCUCCUUCAUAAUUCAUUUGAAAAUAAAUAAUUUUAAGAUUUU